AUGCCAUCUAUCCUCAGUGACGCCGACAAGGAGACGGUGAAGAGAAAUGUCCCAAAGCCGGCAAAUAAAAUACAGGCAGUAGCGGUUGCGCGGCUCUUUGUGGCCUAUCCAGAUCCGCACAAAUGGACGUAUACCGGCUUACAAGGCGCCGUUGUGCUGGCGAACGAUCUGGUCGGGCGCACCUUUUGGUUGAAGCUGGUAGAUGUAUCGCCCGCUGGAAAAGGUGUUAUCUGGGACCAAGAAAUAUACGAGAACUUCCAAUACAAUCAAGACCGCACGUUCUUCCACACUUUUGAGUUGGAUGAUUGCCCCGCCGGUUUAUCGUUUGCGGAUGAAAAGGAGGCGAAGACGUUCAUCAAGAAAAUGAUAGAGCGGGAGAAGAAUGCAAGCAAGGAGACACGCCAAACACCAUUCGCCUCCACACGAGGACAAGGUCCUACCCCCGUUGCGAACGGGAAGUCUGGUGGUGUAGGCCGAUCAAUAUUCGGUAGCCUGCUCGGACGGUCGCAUGCACCAACGCAGAUAACACCGGCCGAACUCCCUCCAGCCCCUACUAUACAAGUUGCUCCACCACCCCCUACAGCUUCCCCGGGACAUAAGGAAUUGCCAUUCGACACGAGUGACCCGUCAUGGAAAGGACUGCUGAGCGAGCUCGAGGCAAUGGGGUUCUCGGAAGACCAGAUUGCAGAGAAUGCCGAUUUCAUCAAGUCGUAUAUCGAGCAAAAGCAAGCCAGCGAAGCGGAAUCUGCAUCACCACUAGUUAAUGAUAAGAAAGGAAAGGCCCCGCCUCCACCUCCUCCUGCUGCACUACCGCCCAAGGCUAGUGCCGUCAGCCCUCAGAAUACAGGCAGUAGCUCGGGCAGCCGUCGGGGCGCUCCUCCUCCACCACCGCCGUCGCGCAAAACACAAGCCAAGACAGACGAAGACAUGGCUCCCACACCUCCGCGAGAUCCGUCGCCGCCAAGAGAAAGGUUCCGUGCCCCUCCACCGAUCGCGGAUGCUGGCAAAUUCGCCCAUACAACCGGUCCAGCUCCGCCAGCACGCCCACGAGCGGCGUCGGGCGCUAACACCGGACCGCCGCCGCCGCCUCGACCUCCCAAAGCACCGAUGGAUGAUGGACCUCCUCGAUUCGGAGUACCACCUCCAUUCCAAGGGGAACGAAAGGUGUCCGCCCCACCAGCCCCCCCCAGCCGUAGCCCGGCACCUCCAGGACCUCCACCACCCCCGCCGCGGACAGCAAGCCCUGCAUCACCACCCCAGCUUCCUCCUAAAGUCCCCAGUGCCUCAGGAGGGCCUCCACCACCGCCACCAAGGAGCCCGGCUUCCCAACCCCCACCACCGCCUCCGCCUGUACCUGGUGCAUCACGGCCUACUCCUCCGCCCCCUUCUACAAGCGCUGCUCCGCCUCCACCACCACCGCCGCCGCCUACUUCAAACAUCCCUCCCCCGCCCCCUCCACCGGCACGUCCAAGUCCAACUGCAAGUGCUGCACCACCGCCGCCGCCGCCACCACCACCAGCGCCAGGAGGCUCUGCGCCGCCCCCUCCCCCGCCGCCUCCUCCAGGCGUUGGUGCACCUCCACCCCCUCCGCCUCCUCCAGGCGCUGGUGCACCUCCACCCCCGCCUCCUCCUGGUGGAUCGGCAACCCCAGUGCCGCAGCCUGCUGGAGGCAGAGACGAUUUGUUGGCUGCUAUUAGAGCAUCUGGUGGCCAAGGUGGUGGAGGUUUGCGAAAAGUCAGGGAUACCGAAAAGAAAGACCGAAGUGGAGCUAUGGUGCCAGGAGGAGCUAACGAAACAUCAGCAGCAAGUCCUGGCGCAGGUGGCGGUGCUCCUCAAGGAGGAUUGGCAGGAGCAUUGCAAGACGCACUGGCGAAGAGAAAACAGAAAGUCAGCGGCAGUGAUGACGAAAAGGAUGACGAUGACGAUUGGUGA